GGCAAAGUCAGAAGAACAUUUAUGUUAUUAACCUCCUGAUCGACAUCAAGGUACCGAAUCAAGGAAAGCCAUUCAUACAAUGAAUGCUCGUCACUUGUUAGGACGACGAAAUGGCUUAUCUUCCUGUCGAAUGGCAACAAGGGCUGGAAGGGAAAACAGACAAUCUUUGCUUGUAGCAAGGGGAUAUGCAUCUUCUUCGACUCAGUCCCAUCUACAGAACAAUGAUGAAUCGCUAUCCCAAAGUACCACGAAUUAUAAAAAUAGCUUACCAUUAUCGAAUGCAAGAAUAACAGCACUACUGCAGCAAUCAUCACAGCUCUUUACACCCGACUCAAUCCUUUCCUCACCGGUAUGGCUUGCAAGAACACAAAAAGCAGCAGAAAUAAAUUUGCAUACCAAUCCAUCGAUAAAUGGAAGCCAACCUGACAGGUCUAGACUACGGAUAGGCAUCAUUGGAAAUAGAGCAUCAGGUACGGAAAGCUUGAUAAAGGUUUUGCUUGACGAUCCAUUGGCUCAAAGUGCGACACAAACUAAUCAAGGGGCAAACUCUGUGGCAGAAGAAAGGCAGGAUAACGAAACGCAAAAAUCAGAGAAUGCCAUCAGACGGCUGUACUAUGACACAAAAGGAGACACUACCUCCAAUUUGUCUUCCUCGACAUGGUUAAGGGAAAGAAAUGUUGAAUUUGUCGAACUAGUCAAUCCUACCGACAUUCAGACGAACAGAAGUAUGCUAUACGAAUGCGACGUGCUCGUUUUCGUACUUGAUGAAGUAACACUAGCAGCUCACGAACGAUUUGGCAGAGAUCUAAAGGUUGACGAUAGUCUACGUCUGCUACGAUACUUUGCAAAGAAGCCUAACACGAAGGUUAUUGUUAAUCAUAGCGGUCAACAUAUUUCAAAUGCACAGACGUUAGAAAGAGGUCUGCAAGCGGCCAUCACGGAAGAAGCUUUUGCAUCUCUUGGUAAAGAUGCUUUGCAGAGCUCUGCAAUCGUUCAUGCAUCUUUACCUUUGGCACAAAGAGCGAAUGAAUCCCUACGACAAGCACUGGCAAGAUCAGCACCCGGCUCACCAGAUGCAAGUGAAUGGGAUCAUUUUACAACCUUAUUUAGCAGCUCAGGAUUUGCAGAAGUUCGUUCGUUGAUGGAAGAGCAAAGCAAGACUCGAUCAGAAGAAGGUCAAGCCUUGACAGCAGAUUUUGCAUUGAGACGUGCCCUCGAACAAGCACAAUUUUCCAUUCGAGAAUAUAGCGAACAAGCUCAACAAGCUCGUGGAGCAGCAAAUGUGAUCCGCAAUGAGACAGAUGCUGCUUUAGAAAGUAUAAUGAAGAGGAUAUUUGAAGAUGGGAAUAAAGGUGCUUUUACCGGACGAGACGCUGCUAUGCACAAGAGAGCAGGAGAUCGAAGUACAAAUGUAGAUGCGGCAGCAAGAGAUGCUUGGAACGAGGUUGAGAAGGCCCUUUCCACUCGUUUACCUUGGUGGAAAGUGGUAUGGAAGGUAGAUGAUGUACGUGCAGAGAUGGAAGCGGCGAUCGAACGAGGCUAUGCUAGGGACCUGGAACAGCGUCUUAUGGUACAAACGGGAAGGUUGAUCAGCAUUGCAGAAAGGCUUCAAAGACGUAUCAGAACACUGUUUAGCAGUCUAAACCAAUCUGAGAGAAAGUUGAAUAGCACAGAAGAGAAUUUCAUCGACACCACCGCUCAAGAAGGACAACAUCGUAAUCCUUUUGCUUCUCCCUUGCUGCUGAACGAACUACGCAAAUAUCGGAUUGAAGCAAUCGAAGCACGACUCCAAGAAGAAGAUUUGUUCACCAAGCCGAUCAUCCUGCGAAGAUCACAAUUGUUAGCCGAUGGUGGACCUGUGGAUAAACUAUGCACGAAAGCACAAUCAAGUACGAUGAAAACAGUUGGAUUGACUGGAACAACGGGUUUGGUUACAUUAGCCUCAGGAUUAGCUGGAAGUUCAACGCUUGGAGCCGGGAUGCCCCUUACAUUUCAAUUGAUUGCAUUACAACCUUCUACUGCAUUUGCAUCGUUUGCAUUCGUGAGUACGAUUGGAGCUGUAUUUAUGCAAUCUCGUUGGUCAAGAGCAAAGAGAAGAUUCUGGCGUGAAUGGCAAAGCAUCAGUGAUGGAUUGGAUAACGAUCUUCAAUCCAACGUUGCAAAAGUAUUUGAUGAAAUUGUUGCUGCACAAAGUAGAACCGCGGCAGAUGGAUUAGAACGUAUUGCAAAUGAAUAUCAAGAUCAACUUGAUCAAACACAGACAAAAGUGCAAAAUUUGCUCAAACAGUCAUCCGACAUUCCAACAUCCCAGGAGAAUAAAUAGGCAUAUACAUGUAUACUAUAGAAUAGACCCCUCAUAGUGAUAGGGUCCUAACUUUAAAAUUCAACCGGUAAUACAGAUAAAAGUGACCCGAAUGAAAGUUUCAU